AGGGCAGCAUGUGCCGAGGCUGGAGAACACUGGUGGCAGGUCCAGAGUUUUCCCAACCUCAGCGGCAAUGCUCUUUCUCUUGAAACCGGAAUAACCAGCGAAGCUUUUUCUCCAGAGGUUUCCAGCUGCUGUCGCUCUAACAGCGUUUUAUUCAAUCACUUUGCACUUUAACUCGGAUGUGUUUAUAAUAGGAUCGCAGACUUAUAGAUGAUUUUGCUAACUUUGAUGCCAAGAUCUAAUUUUUCUACCAUGAAAACGUUGCUGAAAUCACAAAUCCUCUCAUCUUUCUGGAAACGUCAGUCUCCUCCUGGGUUAUUUCGAGGACACCGUCAGCUGCUUAGCGCUCCAAUUUCUGCAAAGUAUGGAGUCCUUAGCCACGGAGGCCAGCAACUGCCAGAAUACUUUAACUAUGCAAGUGACGUGCUGGAUCAGUGGUCCCAAAUGGAAAAGGACGGGAAGAGACCUCCCAACCCAGCGUUGUGGUGGAUCAACGGCAGAGGAGGGGAAGUGAGGUGGAGCUUUGAGGAGCUCGGAGUCCAGUCCAGGAAAGCGGCCAACGUCCUCUCGGACCGCUGCGGGCUGCGAAAAGGAGACAGGGUCCUCGUCAUCCUCCCCCGCAUCCCAGAAUGGUGGCUGGUGACUGUGGCUUGCAUGAGGACAGGAAUUGUCGCCAUCCCUGGAAUCCCCCAAUUAACAGCCAAAGACAUUCAGUACAGGCUCCGGUUUUCCAAGGCCAAGUGUGUCAUCACCACUGAUGCUUUGGCGCCCGUGGUGGAUGCCGUCGCGGCCGAGGGCCACUCCCUGAAAACCAAACUGUUGGUAUCUGAAGGCACAAGGGAUGGGUGGCUGAACUUCAGCGGCCUCUGCAAAGAGGCAUCCGCUGACCACACCUGUGUGAAAACAAAGCUCCAAGACCCAAUGAUGGCUUUCUUUACCAGCGGGACAACAGGUUCGCCCAAGAUGGCUGAGCACACUCAAGGGAGCCUGGGUUUCCGACCCAUCAGGAAUGACAGAUACUGGCUGGACUUAACUCCUUCGGAUACAAUGUGGUGCACAGCAGAUACGGGCUGGGUGGUGGCUUCGAUAGGAUCUCUCUUUGACCCCUGGGCUCUCGGGACUUGCAUCUUUAUCCACCACCUGCCACAAGUGGAAUCGACGACCAUCCUGAAUACUCUCUCCCGAUUUCCUGUUACCGCCAUCUUGGGCGCUCCUACAUUGUUCCGUAUGUUGGUACAAAACGAUCUGACCAGCUACAAAUUCAUGAGCCUGAAGUACUGCGUAAGUGGAGGGGAGCCGCUGAACCCGGAAGUUAUGGAGCAGUGGAAAAGCAAGACGGGCCUGGACAUCCAUGAAAUGUAUGGGCAGACAGAAACAGGUAUGAUUUGUUCGACUCUCAGAGGGAUGAAAAUCAAACCUGGUUCAAUGGGGAAACCGUGCUCCCCCUAUGAUGUCCAGAUCGUAGAUGAAAACGCAAACGUUCUGCCUCCAGAAGAGGAAGGGGAUAUCGCCAUCAAAGUGAAGCCCGAGAGACCUCUUGGCUUUUUCUCAUGUUAUAUUGAUAACCCAGAGAAAACAGCGGCAACGGAACGCGGCCCAUUUUACAUUACAGGGGACAGAGGAAAGAAAGAUAAGGAUGGAUACGUUUGGUUUGUCGGAAGAAGUGACGAUAUCAUCAAUUCUUCAGGGUAUCGCAUCGGACCGUUUGAAGUGGAAAGCGCUCUUUUAGAGCACCCGGCGGUCGCAGAAGCGGCUGCCGUGAGCAGCCCAGACCCGCUCAGAGGAGAGGUAGUGAAGGCUUUUGUCGUCUUAUCUAUGAACUACAUCGCCCACGAUAAGGAAAAAUUGACUCACGAUCUUCAAGAACACGUCAAGAAGGUGACCGCCCCAUACAAAUAUCCAAGGAAGGUGGAAUUUGUCCAGGAAUUGCCGAAGACAGUCACCGGGAAAAUCAGAAGGAACGAGUUAAGGAAGAAAGAAUGGGGAGAAGUUUGACGUUUUGGCAAAUCUACGAAACAAAGAAAAUUAUUCAAGUGAAGUUAAGGCUGGGAUUACCUGUCUCUUUCUCCAUCAGACUUUGGGUUUCAGGCUACAGAUCAAGGGGUUUCUAAAUUAGGAUUGGGGACCAAGAGGGAAGGAAGUGAGAAGUUCCUCCACUAAGGAAGGAUUUGCAAUAAAUACAUGGCUCAGGGACGAUUCUGAGUUUCUCACCUGUGCCACUUGUAUUCCUGUUUUGAUCUAUCUUCUCCCUUGUACAAACUAUAGUCACGGUUCUUUAUUUUCACUUGACAGCUUCCUUGCACCUCUCAAAAUGCACGCAUGUCCAACA